AUGCCAAGUCCGUCUCUCCAGAGUGUUAAUGCGUGUAUCCAAUGUCGAAGAGUCAAGAUGAAGUGCCGUCCUAUGGGACAGGACACGUCCAAAUGUGAACGUUGUACCCGAAAAGCCCUUGAUUGCAUUUUCAGGGAGCAUCGUCGAGGUCGUAAGCCGGGCACAAAAAUCGUGAAAACCAAGAAAGCACCUACUAUCUCGCCACAGUCGAUCCCAAGUUUGGAGAGUCCAGCCGCAGUAGGAGCUCAUAUCUCAGAAACUGAAGACGAUGCAAAUAAUCUACAGCCAUCGGGGUUGCUCAAUCACGAGGCUCUGGAGGGGAGGUUUUCUCUUGGCAAUAUUCUCAAUGCGGAUCAAGAACCUGUGCCGCGACAGCGAAGCCGGGAUGAGUCACUUGAGGAUCCAAUUGAACUUGGGCUGAUCACUCCAUCUUUGGCGAAGUCUCUGUUUGACAGCUUCAUAACGGUUCUAAAUCCAUACAUCAGUCAGCUUGAUCCCCAUCUCCAUACCUUUCCUUACGUCCGUUCAAAGUCUGCAUUCCUCCUGAGCUCCAUGCUAGCCAUGGCAGCAAAAGCCUUCAAUCAUGUCCUCUACAUCAAGUUGUAUGACCAUGCCCAGGACCUCUUUUCCAAUGUCUUCCGGAGAGGCAGUAAAUCAGUCGAAGUCGUGCAGGCAAUCCUGAUUCUUACGUAUUGGAAGGAGCCGCAAGACACAAGGGUAUGGACCUCUGUUGGGUACGCAAUCCGCAUAUGCAUGGACUUGGGAUGGCAUAAGCUGGCUUAUUGCCGCUCUGAAGCAGUCAUGACAGAGUCUGAAGUUCAAAGGCGAGAACGACGGAAUAUUGAGAGAACGUGGUAUGUUCUCUUUGUUUACGAUCGGAGUAUCAGCCUGCAGACCGGACGACCAUGGAUGAUAGAAUGCAGCGAGUUUAUCGAAUCCAUAGAAGACUGGUGCAACGACCCUUUAACAAUUGACAACGAUCAACUUCUAGGAGCUUUCACUACGUUGAGACUCGUCACCUCUUCCGCAUUUCCCCUCCUGGUCACCAAGUCACGGCAACGGUCCUUGUCGCACAGUGAGAGUGCGCCACUUGUCAGCCUAUUAGACGGCCGUCUCGAGAGAUGGGAGAAGAAGUGGACUGAAAAGAUCAAAGCUCAGACUGAACAAUCCUGCCAUGAGUUUCUCAUCCGCUUCUACGGCACUCAUCUCCGUCUUCAGCUUCAUACUCUACCCCUGCAUGGGAUUCUUGUCUCCGACAAAUUGAAUAUCAACCAUCAUAUUGACACCGUCUGGGUGGCAUAUAGCAGUGCUCUCAACAUGCUGCAGCUGAUAUCACGCUUUUCAGAGCAUGUUUGCUUUGCCCAAGACUCCAUACAUGUCAUGACAGCCUAUAGUGCUGCAUUUCUCGUCAAGAUCACUCUUGUAUUUUCCGACUUCAUAUCUGGGGAGCUCGAAUCAACCUGUAUAGAAGCUAUUCAGCAGGCCGCUCAAGUCUUCUCCAGUCAAUCUGGAUGCAUAAGCUCUAGUUGCACCCUGCAAGCAUCGUUUCUACAAAAGGUUGCGGCGAAGCUUUUACAGAACCAUACGAGACACAAAAUAUUCCAGGAGGGUGGACCCACAGGACGCGCAGAGCCUGUAUCACAGAUGGUAGACGAGCUUGAUAUAAACGAAGGGUCUGGUGCAGACUCUGAAGGUAGCUCAUCCUCCCGACGUCCCCCGGAUCUAGGAGCCCUAGAUAUAUCAUUCUUAGCUCAGGAAAACCUGGACUUCCCUUUUGAAUGUGAUGAUAUGUGGGCAGAGAUGUUCGGAAUGAACCCUCAAGAUGUAUCAUUCUUCUCCCAAACAGAUUAA